GUGCGUGGCGACGACUUCGGUACGUGGUACCCAUGGAAACCAAUGUGUAAACGAGGAAAGAAAGUCAUCAGCGAAGAGUUGAGGGCAUUGGUCUACAGAGAAGCAACGGGAAGCUGGAUUUUGAGAGAUGACCCACCUGCUGGGCAGACAGGACUGUGUGGACAGCCUGCGGAAGGAUGUGACUGACCUCCAGGGCACCAUCCUGGACGUGAUGUCCAGAGCAGGCCCAGCUCGGUUCCCCUCCUGGAAGUUUCCUGACAAGGUGUCCUGUGAUCUGGACCUGGUGACGCUGCUGGAGCACUAUGACUUUGUGGAUGGUGAUGAGGAGUUCAGCCAGCAUUCCCAUAUUGUGUUGUUAGAGCUGGUCGUGGACAGGCUCCUGUUGCUGCUGCAGUCUUUUACACGCUACACUGACAUCCUGCUAGCAGAACCGAAAGGAGCCUCCCAGUCCAGGGUUAUUGGGCCCUCCAUGUCCAUAGGACUGGUAGUGAAGCGGUACUGGAACAGCCUUCUCAAAGUAGGAAACUUGUAUCAGCACACACUAAGAGAGAGAAAUUCUGCAGAUAAAGAGGCAUCUAAACUUCACAUGAAGGCUGUCGAGCAGGAGACUUUGAGGGACAAGGCAAAUAGCUCUACGGCCUCUUUAAUCAGAACUAAGACCAGCACCCCGUUACCAGAUUCCUGCGCUAGAGACACUUGCACUGUCAGCUGCCAGACUCUGGAGUCAUCACUGGUGCCCUGCGAUGCCUGUGCCCGCUCACAGGCCAGCCUGAAGGAGGUCAGCAAUACCAUCAUCAACAUCUGCCAGAGCCAGAAUCUACCCUCCUCCCUGUGUCACUUCAGGGAGGCAGUGCAGGGGACACUGGGAGAGAAGCUGCUCUCCUCUACAGAUAUGGCGUACUGGGCAUCCGAGCAGAGCAAGGACUUGGCACGCAUCAAUAAACACUUCGGCGACCUCCUUAACCUGGUUAGUCCUUUGAAGGAGAGCCUGGCAGCCUCGGAGAAGAAACAGGUUGAGCUGAAGCAGAGCAUGGAGAGCUUCAAGGGGAUCCUGCACAAGGAAAAGGGGGAGCACCAGAUAAGGAUUCAGGAGUUUCAGAGCAGGAUGGAGGAGAUGAGCAUGAAGAAUGAGUGGGCUGUGAAAAAACUGGAGGGGGAACGAGAGGAGCUGAGGAAAGGUACCUUGUCUCUGGAGGAGAGAAACUCCAGACUGAAGGAAGAGCUAAAGUCACAGCAGGCCAGCAUCGAUGAUCUUGAGCGGAAGCGAGAGGCGCUGCUGGAGGAGAUGAGGACUCAGCUGGUGGAUAAGGGUGUGGUGCUGGCCCUGGAAGAGAGAGUCCGAGGGCUCCGCACUCAGCUGGACAGCAGCUCCACACAGCUCUCCAACACCAUCACAGAGCUGGACAAAGAGAAGGCCAAGUUCCACAGCAUGUGCAGGCAGCAGGAGUCCCUGCAGCUCAAGCAGAGGGCCCUGCUGCAGCGAGUGGAUGCUCUGGAUCAGGAGUGUGAGGAGCUCAAGAGCAGCCUGGGGGACCAGGAGGAGCAGCUCAGCCAGCUUAGUGAAGAGAGGGCGGGGCUGCAGAGCCAGCUCUCUCAGCAGCAGGUCUUGACCGAAGAGCUGCAGCAGGAGAAGCAGAGGCUGGAGCAGUCUGUGAGCGAGCUGCAGAGGACCAUCUCCCAGCUGGAGGGACAGGUCCAGGAGCAGAAGGAAAGGGAGAAGCUGCUGGUGUCCUUCCCAGACCUCUGCGAUACAUCCCAGUGUCCACUCGAGAGUACAGGCGAUGUCGUCACAGACAUGCAGAAGCAGCUGCAGGCUAACUCUCUCCGCAUCAGUGUUCUGGAGGAGGAUAACUCCAGGCUUCGAAACAGCCUGAGCAAGCUGAGAGCGAGUACACCGCACAGGGAGUACCAGCUAAUUCCCCAGAAACAACUCUGGUCACAUUCAAGUCCCAGCCAGAAGCAAGACAGUCUGGAUAAUACAGAGCGCAAUGCAAAAGGCUCCAGUUCAUCCAUCAUCAGUUGGGAAAAUGAAGGCACUGGAAAGAUGAGCGCCUCUGCAGGACCCCCAGCUGAACGCUGGGAGAAUAGGACUCCUGCAGCAGCAGGGGGGUACAGACUGGCCCCUACAGUGUCUUCCCCUGCAUAUUCACUACUCAAGGGAGCUGCACGUCGGGGCAGGAGGAAAUAACAGAACACCACCUGAAACAAAAGUAACAGAUGGAUUUACACAGUGGCACAACUUAUAAAUGCAACUAAAUCAAGGCAUGUAUGUACAUAAUGAAAGCGAACCACAGCUUAUAGCAGGGCUGGCAAACUCAUUUCCUGGAGCUCUCAGUUACUUAUUUGUUCUAAUUAUUUGAUUAAUUGGAUAAAUUGAACACUUCU